UUUCAGCGAGUCAGAAGACUUGAACCUAAUGAAGAAGACGGCGCCCAUCUUGGAUUUUGGGUUAGGGGUAUUGAAGGCUUUGAACAUCAUGGCUGAAUAUUGGAAAUCUCAACCGAGAAAGCUGUGUGAAUUUUGCAAGUGCUGGAUUACUGACAACAAAGCGAGUGUAGAGUUUCAUGAGAGAGGCAAAAAACACAAGGAAAAUGUACAGAAGAGAAUUGAAGAGGUUCAGAAGAAGGGAAAAGAAACAUGUCAGGCCCAAAAACAACUUAAAAUGGAUUUAGCAGCCAUUGAAGCGGCAGCACUGAAGGCCUAUGANGGCUACUUGGUUCAGAAGAAGGGAAAAGAAACAUGUCAGGCCCAGAAACAACUUAAAAUGGAUUUGGCAGCCAUUGAAGCAAUUGUCAAUGUUAUAGGUUGUUUCAUUUCAUAUGAAGGAGGCCAGCCCACCAUGCAAUGCAUGCAUGGUUGGAAUAUCGGUCAAGCUCCUCACGGUUAUUAUUACUAUUACAAUUCGACGACACAAGCAUCCCAGUGGGAGUCGCCUUCUUGUUUGCCUUCUCCGACACAGGACAGUACAAGAAAUUCCAAGGAAGAGAAAGCAGGCAGUGCAGAGCAGCAAGCUGGUAUUCAGAAUGAUGAAAAAGAAAGUAAAGAUAAAGAGACCAAGCAGAAGGAGGUGAAGAACUCUCCUUAUGGACAAUGGACUACAGUUCAAACAUUUGAACCGCCGCCUGAACCAAUUAAGACAGAACCAUCAAACGGGAUCGACACUAAAGAAGUCCCGGCGUCAGAAGCUGAUAAGACAGAGGCUAAAUUCAAGGAACGAUCCACUCCUAAAAUCACCUUCCGUCCGAGUGGGGAAGGCCGUGAAGUGGCGUUCAAGAAGCGUAAACUUAACCCUGACAAGAAGAGGAACAUUCGACAGACUGAUCCCAAUAAAGCUAGCUAAUAGUUAUGAUCCUUGUUAGGUUUAUUUAAUUAGAAAACAUGCAACGAUACGGCGCCGAGAGGAUUAACAAAUAUGUCAAAAAAAAAAGCAAGAACGUCUUUACAUCGCUGAACUUUUUUUUUUUUCCUUUUUUGGCGUAUUAGGAAACCUUUCUUGUCACCUUAGCUCCGCAGGCAGCCGUUACUUAAUGGGUUCAAGACAGUACAGUAUGUCUUUGGGCCCUUUCCUUAUCUGAUCUUCAUGUACAGUGAUUUCAGCGAUGUGACGAGCUCUUGAGCGUAAGAGCUGUGUAUACGCUUACUCUCUUUGCACACAUCCUCCGCAUGACCUCUUUCAAUCCUCCAAAGCCCGAGCUAAUUUCCCCUCUCCUUGAAACGUUUGGCCAAAGCAGUAGAGAAGACCAAGAUAGCGUUCUCAGACCAAACAACAAUCACCAGAGUUAAAUUGGGUGACAAAUAACUCAUGACUGUGACUGAAAUGAUGGCAGAAUGAAUUAAAGUUAUACAAACUAAUCUUGUAAGACA